CUAUAUUCAAUUUCGCAGGUAUGUAACUGGUUCAUAAAUGCUAGGCGUCGCAUUUUACCCGAUUUGCUGCGUGCGGCUGGAGAGGAUCCUCUUAAUUACACGAUAUCACGUCGUGCUCGUCGCGGGAUACAACAAGCCGUGCAAUCUGGCGGCCCUUUGCGACAUGGCCGAAGAACCCCCCUCGAACCAAUUGGAGAGAGUUCGAGACACGAAAGGAACUGGGAGCUGGGCGUCGGAAAUUCUAGGACGGAUUUUGAGGAAACUGCGUAUCAAAGUGAGGACAGUCGGAACGACUAUGAGAGCAGUCUGAACGACUACCACAGCGAGGAGGAACAUCCUUUGAUACGGUGGCCCAACGUAAUCGUUCGUCCAUAUGCCGAGGCUCAAGUCGAGCAAUUAGACGGCGACGCUAUUUCGCAUCCCUAUACUCGGCGAAGGCAAGUUUUCAAUCGAUACACAACAGCUGGGCUGGGUUUAAAAACACUUUACAUAUUAUUUUACGCUUGUUGUUCAUCGAAUAAGGAUAGAAUGAUACUUGGGUACACUCGUGUGUUAUUUCAGAACGCAUUCUUGUGUGUGAGAAAUAUAAGUGAGAGCCUUGCAACUUGUAAAACUGUUUGUUUGUAAAUACAAAUCCUCCAUCGGUUUUAAAAUCUUCGAUACACUAAGCUACAAUCGUCAUCUCCUCUGAAACAAUAAGAUAAAUGAUUUAUGAGAUUAACAAUCAAUUAAAAAAUAUUAGGAUAAUUAGGAAAUAGAUGGUUUCGGGUAACAUAUUCAAUCUAUUAUACUGCAAAAUCAUAUAUAUAUAUAUUUGUUAUCAUGCAAAAUUAGUGAUUCCAUACAAAUACUUGUACUUUGCAAAAUUAAUUGCAUUCAGCAAAACAUUCAUUUAAUUAUUGACAAUUAUUGACUGUUUUCUGUGCAGAGAUUGAAUUGUAUUAAAUUUAAAUAUAAAAGAAUAAUCCAAUCUCUUAACACAGAAAACUUCUAAUAAUUUUAAAAUAAAUAUUCUGAACACAGUCAAUGAUUCCAUAAAUACUUGUGCCCUGCA